UAAAAAGGAUAUCAAUCUUGACAUUAGCAAUCAAAAGUCGUAAGAAUAUCUACGUUUCAGUGACGGUUAAGGCUAUUUAGUACGGAAAAUAUUUGAUUGAAAAGCAACAAACAGAUUGCUUUUUUUUUAACGAGCUUACGCAAAUUGGAAGGUUUCUGGUAUUACGGCGUCGCGUUUUCAGUGGCCUGUAGAACUUAAAAAAUUAUAAGCUACACGGUUUCAGUUCAAUGUGAGUUUGGGUUGGUGGUGAAAGCGUCUAACAAUGGAACGGAAUGAAACAACCUCAGCAGAAGACCCAGAGGAUCUAUCCUCAGAAUACAUUGGAUUCGCUGUGGCCUUUUCCUUCAUGAUUAUGACAGACCUUCUUGGCAACACUUUAGUCAUCUUAGUGAUCCUCAAGAACAAAAACAUGAAGACAGCUAUGAACUACGUAUUGAUCAACUUGGCGAUAGCUGAUAUCUUGGUUGCCAUCUUUAUGGGGAUCAAGUUUGUGAUUGGUCCAACGUUCACCCAUCCAGAGGGACAAGCAGGGGAGUAUCUUUGUAGAUUCAUCACUGGGGGAACCUCUGCAUGGACUGCUGCAGUUGCGUCAAUUUACAGCCUGGUUGCCAUCGCUAUUGAAGUUUUUAAUGCCACUUUUCAACCCUUUAGAAAACGGGUGGGCAAAGGGAGAAGCUUGCGAGCGACCACUGUGAUCAUUUGGAUUAUAGCAGUAUUAUGGGGCCUUCCCUUAUACCUUUCAGUCACAUACAACGAUGAAAUUAAGUUGUGCGCAGAAAAAUGGCCUCACCCUAUACUACCAAAGAUUUAUAGUUUUGGAUGGAUUGUAGUGGCAGGUGUAAUUCCUAUUGCUGUCAUGGGUGUCAUUUACUUUAAGGUAACACGUCGCCUUUGGUUCACAAGCAUUGUCGGAAAAAACCUGUCUCAAAUGGCUUUCAUCCGAUCUAGGAAACGAAUAACUAUCAUGGUGUUACUAGUGAGUGCCAUAUACGUCGUCUGCUGGGUACCCACGUUAAUCAUCUACUUCUUAGCCAAUGUUAUUCCAUCUGAGUCCAUGUAUUCUGUUCCGCACAAGACAACUAUAGUUCUUGCAACCAUCAACUCUUCUAUUAACCCUGUGGUGUACAGUCUCCGAAGUCAACAGUUUCGUCAAAAUUUGUACAAAUUGGUCUGGUGCCGUUGGAAGAGAGCAAACUCAACUAAAAUUGUUCCUUUCCUUUGACAAUGUCGGCCGUGCUCAACUUUGAUUUAUCUCCAAGAAGUUCCUCGAUAAAGCAUUUUAUGCGAAGAUGUUUCUUGUCCAUCUUUGUUAUGAUGUGGCCAGUUUUCGCUUUAAAAGGUCACUUUGUUCUUUUAUCUUAUUAACCAUUGUUGCUUAGAAACUAAUCCUUACUUACCUUUCUAAAGCGCGACCCAAAAAACAACUAUUCCUGACUCAACGCUUUUGAAUUUGAAGUAAAAGAGAAAAGCUGUGAAUUUUAAAAUCUUGCGAAAGGAAAUUUUUUUCUUUUCCUUGUGUUAUAGUUAUAACCAGGCUUGCUUUUCAAUUAAAUGACUAAAACAAUUGUAUAUAUCAUCAUUGCAAAUAUUUGUUGUGAUACCACACCUUGUGUGCAGCUUCCCGUAAAGCUUGGACGUAG